AAAAAGUUUUCCACUAGUAUAUUUCUCUAUUAUAUCAUUCUUUUUUUUUUUUUUUUUUCUUUUCAUCAGAACCAGUGAAUACUUGCAUUUACGUUCCUUCUAAGCUUUUCGCCAUGGAAGUUUUGACUUCGAUCUUGGGGGGAAUAGUUGCUGAAACCGGAAAAUCAUUAUGCGGAUCCAUACGCUCCAACAUCAAGAACACUGUCUGGUGGAAGUUGAGCUUCCGUGACUUGGAAAAGGAGAUGAGAAAUCUGAUGGAUGUUAUGGCUGAAAUCAAGAAUCAAUUAGAGUCAGCUGAGAAAGAUGGAAGAUCGCCUAAAAACAAAGUCAAAGAGUGGCUUAGAGAAGUGGAAGACUUAGUGCUCAAGGUGGAAUCAAUUCAAGCAAGGAUACCGGGCACCGAAAAGAAGCUCUGUGGUUGUCUCUUGAGAUGCAAUGGAAGGUUUAGAUAUGGCAGGAAAGUGGCAAGAGCGCGCAAGAACGCAGACAAUCUGAUAAAAGCCGGUAAGUUUCCUGAUGGAGUAGUUUCUGUCAAAUGUCUAGAAGAACAAGUUGAGUACAUUCCUGGACCUACAAUACUAGAAGGUCAAACAACUGCAUCAAGGACUCUAGAUGAGCUGGUGAAGAUAUUGGAUGUCGAAAAGUUCCGAAGAAUCGGUGUUUGGGGCAUGGGAGGAGUCGGGAAGACUACCUUGGUGAAGAACUUAAACAACAAGCUCAAGAGCAAUAUUUGUUUAAAACAGCCUUUUAGCAUUGUGAUAUGGGCAACAGUGUCCAAGGAGUUGGACAUGAGGAGGGUACAGAUACAAAUAGCUGAGAGGCUGAAUUUGGAGGUGAAAAGGGAAGAAAGCAUUGAGAGAAUAGCUCGGAGAUUGUAUCAACGGCUUGAGAGGGAGGAAAGGUUUCUUCUCAUACUAGAUGAUGUGUGGGAGAAGAUUGACUUCGAUUGCUUGGGGGUUCCGCAUCCUGAGCAUCAGAAAGGUUCGAAGAUCAUACUAACAUCUCGAUUUUUGGAAGUCUGUAGGGCGAUGAUGACGGAUACUGAAGUCAAAGUGAACAUCCUCAAAGAUGAAGAGACUUGGCAAUUGUUUGGUCGAUAUGCAGGAGAGGUAGCGAGUUUAGAGCAGAUUGAACCGUUUGCGAAAGCGGUGGCUAGAGAAUGUUGUGGGUUGCCUUUGGCUAUCAUCACGGUGGGAGCUGCAAUGAGGGGAAAGGCCAUGAUAAAGUUGUGGAAACAUGCCUUGAACGAGCUGCGAAGAUCAGUUCCUUGUGUAGGAGGCAUAAAGAAUCAGGUCUACAACCCAUUGAAGUGGAGUUAUGACUCGUUAGAAGGUAAUAACACCAAGGCUUGUUUCUUAUAUUGUGCUUUGUAUCCUGAGGAUUUCUGUAUUGAAGUAAGUGAACUAGUAAAGUGUUGGCUCGCGGAAGGUUUGAUAGAUGAUAAACAUGAUUUUGAGAAUUCGAUGAAUAAAGCAAUAGCUGUAAUUGAAAUUCUGAAAGACUCUUGCCUUUUGGAGGAUGGUGAUCAUGAGGGCACGGUGAAGAUGCAUGAUGUGGUUCGAGAUGUUGCCAUAUGGAUUGCAUCAUCACUGGAGGAUGAAUUUAAGUCGCUUGUUCGGUCAGGAAUUGGCUUGAGUGAGAUUUCAGAGGUAGAGAUAUUGGAUUCUUUCACAAGAGUCUCUUUCAUGACUAACAAAAUAAACAAGCUACCUGAUUGUGAGGGGCUUUUCUCUAAGGCCUCAACCUUACUACUUCAAGGGAACCUUCCACUUGAAAGAGUUCCUGAGCAGUUCCUGCAAGGAUUCCAUGCGCUAAGGGUCUUAAAUUUGAGUGGAACUCGCAUUCGAUCAUUGCCGGUUUCUCUUCUUCAUCUCCAUGAUCUUCGAGCUCUCCUACUUCGGGAUUGCUUCUUUCUCGAAGAAUUACCUCCUCUAGGAACGCUUAACAAACUUCAGACGCUUGAUCUGUGCGCCACUCGUAUUAGUGAACUACCUGAAGAGAUGGAAAAGUUAAUCAACUUAAGGCAAGUAAACCUAUCUCGAACUCACUAUCUAAAAAAAAUUCAAGCUGGAAUUGUGUCCAAAUGGACUUGUUUGGAGCUUCUAGAUAUGACUCUCAGCAGUUACCAUUGGGGUACCAAGGGUGAGGUUGAAGAGGGGCAAGCCACUUUCGAAGAGCUUGGAUGCCUCAAGAGGCUAUUCUCAUUGUCCAUUAGGUUGAAGAGCAUCCCAUGUCUAGGCUCUGAGGAUCUUACAUGGAUAGGAAGAUUAAGAAGAUUUCAAUUCUUUAUCGGCACAACAGCGAAUUCCUUGCCUACUAGACAUGACAAGAGAAGGGUGACGAUUAGCGGGCUUAAUCUUUCAGGAGAAUGGAUUCAAUGGUGGUUGUCGAACGCGAGUUCUCUGGUCUUGAAUGGUUGUUGGGGACUGAAUGAAAUGUUUCAGGACUUGGCCAUAUAUGGUGCUGAGAACUACGCUGAAAUGAGCAGUGUUGGUAGUUUCAUGGAUCCAAAAUCACUAACCAAUGCUGAUUUGAAGAGUCUUGGUAGUUUCAUGGCUCUAAAAUCACUAACCAUCACAAGUUCCAACAGCAGUUUACAGCCAGGAGGAGGAUGUGCUGCCCCUUAUGACUUGCUACCAAAUCUCGAGGAACUUCAUCUCCAUGGCCUAACUUAUCUUGCGAGCAUUUCGGAGUUAGUUGGCCAUCUGGGUCUUUUGUUUUCGAAGCUAAAGUUGAUCGAGGUCGUCAGAUGUCCACGAAUGAAAUGUCUCCUUUCUUGUGGGAUCUUCAUCUUAAGCCUGCCUAACCUGGAAACAAUCAAGGUGGGCUUCUGUGAAAAGUUGGAGGAGCUGUUUAAUUACACUUCGAACCAUACAUCGGGUGUAGAUCCUGUUGUUCCAAACCUGAGAACACUCGAAUUGAAAAACCUUCCUAAGCUAAAAAUUCUAUGUAGACCAAGAGAGUCAUGGCCAAGUCUAGAGCAGAUUUAUGUGGUCAAGUGCAAUCUACUCAGAAAGCUACCUGUUGAUAUCCGAAAUGCGAAUACCAUUAAGGAAAUAAGAGGAGAACCGCAAUGGUGGAGCGGUUUGAAAUGGGAUAGUCUCACUGCAGAGUCAGCAUUGCAGCCCUAUUUCAAGGAUGUUGGGGCUAAAAAGAUAUAAUUCAUAGUCCUAAUAGUGCUUGCAGAUUAACCCCUUGGUCUAAACUUGAUAUUAUAACUUGUAGUACCAAU